AUGCCCCAGAACUUCCAAAUUGUCGAUGCCUUAUUUGUUCCAAAGUGUCGACGCCUUAAAAGUUCCAAACUGUCGACGCUUCACAUAUUCCAAACUGCUGACGCCUCAGAAAUUCCAGACAGUCGUCGCUUCAGAAGUUCCAAACUGUCUACGUCUCAGAAGUUCCAAAUUGACGAUGCUUCAGAAUCUAAUUACCUUUUCUAUCUAUCUAUCUAUCUAUCUAUCUAUCUAUCCAGUAGUCUAAUUAUUAUUCUAUCUAUCUUUCUAUCUAUCCAUAGUCUAAUUAUUGUUCUAUCUAUCUAUCUAUCUAUCUAUCUAUCUAGUAGUCUAAUUAUUGUUCUAUCUAUCUAUCUAUCUAUCUAUCUAUCUAUCUAUCUAUCUAUCUAUCUAUCCAGUAGUCUAAUUAUUUCUAAUUAUUGUUCUAUCUAUCUAUCUAUCUAUCUAUCUAUCUAUCUAUCUAUCUAUCUAUCUAUCUAUAAUCUAAUUAUUGAUCUAUCUAUCUAUCUAUCUAUCUAUCUAUCUAUCUAUCUAGUAGUCUAA